AUGUCAGGACCUUGGCCUGUUCAGCUGAGUGGACUCUCAGGGGCCAGGAGAGCACCCUGUUCAAGAGAACUCCUGCAGGAGCACCGCAGUGUCUUCGGGUUCAGCGUGUCCCAUACCACGAGGGACGCGUGGUCUGGAGAAGAGAAUGGCAAAGAUUACUACUUUGUGAGCAGGGAGGUGAUGCAGCGGGACAUGGCCGAAGGCGGCUUCAUCGAGCACGCGGAGUUCUCGGGGAACCUGGAUGGGACUAUCAAAGCAGCUGUGCAGGCCGUUCAGGCCAGGAACCGCAUCUGCGUGCUGGACGUCAACCUGCAGGGUGUGCGUGACAUCAGGAAGACGGACCUACGGCCCAUCUACAUCUUCGUGCAGCCGCCCUCGCUGGACGUCCUGGAGCAGCGGCUGCGGCGGCGCAACACGGAGACAGAGGAGAGCUUGGCCAAGCGUCUGGCCUCCGCUCGGGUGGACCUGGAGAGCAGCAAGGAACAGGGCCUGUUCGACCUGGUCAUCAUCAACGACAACCUGGGCACGGCCUACCAGACCCUGGAGGAGGCGCUGGCCGAGGAAAUCAAGAAGGUUCAGAGGACCAGCUGCCCCUGA